AUGCAAAUCCCAAACCGCCUCUUCAUCGUCUCCGGCGGUGCUAGCGGGCUCGGUCUCGCAACCGUCAAGCUCCUGCAUAGCCAAGGCGCUUACCUCUCUAUCCUGGACAUGAACAGCAACUCGGGCGAGGAAGUGGUCAAGGAGCUAGGAAACGAGCGGGCCUGCUUUUUCGAGACCGACGUCACGGACACGGAGAGCGUGGCAGCGGCUGUGAAGGGCAGCGUGGAGUUUGCGAAAAAGAAGGGCGUGCCGCUGGGCGGAGUGCUGGCAGGUGCAGGUGUUGGAUUUCCUGGUUUAAUAAUCGAUCAAAAGAACGAGCCCCUCCCCCUCAGCUCCUUCGAUACCGUCAUCUCGAUAAACCUGCGGGGCACCGUGGACCUGAUCCGUCAAGUCCUGCCGUACCUGACGCAAAAUGAGCCAUACGGCCCGGAUGGUGAGCGCGGCGUCAUCAUAAUGGUAUCCUCCUCCGCAGCCUUUGAUGGCCAGAUGGGACAGAUUGCGUAUGCCGCAUCCAAGGGUGCCGUACGCAGCAUGACGCUGCCCAUGGCGCGCGAUCUUUCGCGCUUUGGUAUCAGGGUUGUAACGCUUGCGCCCAGCCUGUUUGAGAGCAACAUGACCGCAAUGUUGAGUGAUAAAGUGCGGAAAAGCUUGGAGCGCGUCAUGGAGUUCCCGAAGAGGCCGGGUAAGCCCGAGGAAUUUGCGAGGACGGUAAAGGAUGCGAUAGAGAACAGUAUGUUGAACGGGGAGGUUAUAAGGUUGGAUGGUGCAAUGAGAAUGCCGAGUAAGCUGUAA